UAAUAAUAUUUUAUAUUAUUUAUUAUUCCCUAGCCACUCUCUGCUCGUUUACCUGGUGCCUGCUGCAUGUACAGAGAUUAGCGAAGGUUGCAAACUGCCUGCGGGAGAGAAAAUGCAGAACGGCGGCGAAACCCCCCGCUUUCCCCGAGGCCGCAGCCGAGCCGAGCCGCCCCACGGCUCCAGGAAACAACCGAGCGGCUCCUGCUCCCGCCGCGGCCUAGUUAGCCCCUCCUCCCCUGCCGCUUCGUCUUCUCCGCCUUUCUCCUUAAAAAAAAAACCCCACACGCCAUAUAUGCGGGAUGAGCGAGGCAUGUUCUUUGCUCAGCAAUGCUUCAGCUACCUUGGCACUAGAACAUCACUACUGAAGAUUACUUACCCUUUGAGAUACUUCAAGGUUUCAUCCUUUCCUCGCCUGUCAGUUUCAUCAGCUUUAGAAUGAACUACAAGGAGAAAUGUCAUGGAUUACCAUAGUGUCCAACAAUACAAUACUUUGUAGUUCUAACAAGAAUUAUCCAUCUUUGAUUCUUGUAUGUAGACUAUGACCUUCAAGCACAAAAAUGCAAAACGAAUUGAAGGGCUGGAUAGCAAUGUGUGGGUGGAAUUUACAAAAGUUGCUGCAGAUCCCUCAAUUGUUAAUCUGGGACAAGGACUUCCAGAUAUAUCUCCUCCUAACUAUGUUAAAGAAGCAUUAGCCAAAGCAUCCUCCGUGGAUGUGCUGAACCAGUACACCCGGGGUUUUGGACAUCCUUCGUUGGUGAAAGUCUUGUCCCAAGUGUAUGAAAAAGUUUGUGGAAGAAAGAUUGAUCCAUACACUGAUAUCCUGGUGACAAUAGGAGGAUAUGGAUCUCUGUUCAGUGCAGUGCAGGGACUCGUUGAAGUAGAAGAUGAAGUGAUAAUAAUAGAACCCUUCUUUGACUGUUAUGAGCCAAUGGUGAGGAUGGCAGGAGCCAAGCCUGUUUUUAUACCCUUGAGAUAUAGACCUGCAGCCAGAGAGACUGCCUCUAGUGCGGACUGGGUCUUGGAUCCUGCUGAACUUGCAAGUAAAUUUAAUUGCAAGACGAAAGCUAUUAUAUUGAAUAACCCUCACAAUCCUAUAGGAAAGGUCUAUACGAAAGAAGAGCUCCAGAUGAUUGCUGAUCUCUGUAUUAAAUACGACACCCUGUGCAUCAGUGAUGAAGUAUAUGAAUGGCUGGUAUACACUGGCAAUAAACACAUUAAGAUAGCUACUUUGCCUGGAAUGUGGGAAAGAACAGUAACUGUAGGAAGUGCUGGGAAAACAUACAGUGUAACUGGCUGGAAGCUUGGCUGGUCUGUUGGUCCCCAACAUCUGAUAAAACAUUUGCAGGUGGUUCAACAAAAUACACUCUAUACAUGCCCAACUCCAUUGCAGGAAGCUGUGGCACAAGCCUUUUUGAUAGACUUGAAGCGCAUGGAUGACCCAGAGUGCUACUUCUAUUCUUUGCCUAGAGAGCUGGAAGACAAACGAAACCGAAUGGCUCGCAUGCUCCUGGGAGUUGGGCUGAAACCUGUUGUUCCAGAGGGAGGAUACUUUAUGAUUGUUGACGUGUCUACAUUAAAUGUAGAUCUGUCUGACAUGGAAAAAGAUAAACCUUACGAUUAUAAAUUUGUUAAAUGGAUGAUAAAAUCUAAGAAACUGUCAGCUAUUCCUCUCACCUCCUUUUGCGGCCCUGAGACCAAAGAACAGUUUGAAAAGUACAUACGGUUUUGCUUCAUCAAAAAAGACAGCACCUUGGAUGCAGCAGAAGUGAUCCUGAAGAACUGGAAGAAAGAUUGACCCAGAACUUAAACCUCUUCUGCCAUUUCUAAAAAUAUAUGCUCAGUCAUACAUUUAUAACUAGACCUGGAAUGUCACAUUUCAGGUUACCCUUUCUAAAUUGCACUGUGCUGCCAUCUGCUGGAUAUUUAAUAUUAAUAAUGUGAGCCAACAUACUGGUUUUGACAUUGUAAAAAUUAUAGUCUGUUUUCCAAAAUAUUCAGUGGAAACCUUUUCCAGCAAUCUUCUUUUCUACUUUUCUAAACACACUGAAGUAAAUUUUGUGCAGGCUACAUCCACCAGAGCCCUGUUCUGUGACCUCCUUUAUACUUGUACAAAUUAUUAAUGUGUUUAUUGCACCGCUUUGGGUUUAUUUUUGUCAAACAGCAGCCUUUCUGCAAUCCAGACAAAAUACUGUAUGAGGACAUUGAGUGUGGAUUUGUGGGCAGGGUCCUUGCUUUACAUGACUUGGCCAGCCAAGGGUAUAGCAUAGUAGCAGAGGAAAGGCGGCACAGAUGGGCAUGGGAGCUAGGCGUUGGAACAGGCAGUCUUUUCAUUCAGUUGUAUUGCUCAUGAUUAAGUGUGUGUGUGCCAAAACACACACACACACACACACACACAGAUGCACAUAAUUCACAAAAACAAAUAAUGCCUUGCAAUCAGAAUGAAUAAGAAAUGAGAUCUGUACAGUAUAUUUUCGUGAAUUCUAUUGAUUGUAGAGGGGAAUGGCUAUGGAGAUGAGAGGUCAGAUUGCUCUAGAGUCUGCGUUUGCCAUUUCCCCUUCUUGCGUAAAUAAGGCAAGCAAUAUUUUUUUUGCCAGCUAUGCAAAUGACACACGCUACCUCGCAUAAACUGGAUGUAAUUCUGUCCCCUCAAAUUUUACCAUUUUAUUUUACAAUUAACAAUCCUGGGGGAUCUGCUAGAUAUGUUACUUAGAAUCACAGAAUUGUAGAGUUGGAAGGGACCCCAAGGAUCCUCUAGUCCAAGCCGCUGCAAUGCAGGGAUCUCAGCUAAAGCAUCCGUGACAGAUGACUAUCCAACCUUUGCUUAAAAACCUCCAAGGAAGGAGCGUCCACAAUCUUUUGAAGGAGUCCAUUCCACUGUCAAACAGCUCUUAUCACCACGAGGUUAUUCCUGAUGUUUAGUCGGAAUUUCCUUUCUUGUAACUUGAAGCCAUUGGCUCAGGUCCUAUGAUUUGAUUUAACAAAUAAAUAAAAGUGAAAAUUUGGCAUAAA